AUGUUAGGCUCUAUCCUCACUUUCUUCUUCUGCUUGCUCGUCCAUUUACUCCUUACGAGUCCCUAUCAUCGGCCUCUGAGCAAGCUUAACUGGUCCUUACAGGUCUCAGCAGUCGUAGCAGCCAUGUUAUCCGUCUCCGCACGCAUAGGCCUCGUCUUCCAACACAGUCAUACGCUGGGAUCAGAAUGGCCCUAUAUGCUAGACUACGUCGAGGUCGACCUGCCAGCUACGAACUGGGAAGUCGCAGAGAGCGCAGCGUGGUACAUGCUCGAGGCUAUCGUUGUCGGUCUUGUCCACAUAACGAACAUCCAAUUCCUCUCCCUGCUCUUCCCAUCCACAGUAGAAGUACGCAUGAUAUGCGGCAUGCUCGUCCCCCUCGCCGUCCUCGCCUCCGGGGUGAACUUCGCCUCUCUCUCCUCGGACCAAGGCACGAUCGAUCUAGGGGACGCGAUCCGCAAUGUG